GGCACUAGAUCUAGUGGUGAUUUAAGGACAUCUGAGAUAGAAAAUGGAAGGGAUGAAAAGGCAACAGAACAGCUAAAGAAGAUCCUGCACAAAAACGGGGCAAGUGCAAAUUUGUUACCAGGUGCCAGCGAAGCGGCUCCUCCAGCUGCAGCGUGUUCAGCUGCAGCUCAGGAUGGAAACCCACAACAGAUGAGAAAUUCAGACCGGGAAAUUAAGAGAGUAAUUCGCCAUAAUUGGUAUCUUAGGAGCUGUGUGAAUGAAAUAACCUCUCAGCACAGACUUUCCCGGUGUCUGAGAAAGCAGCAGCUCCUACCAGCUUUUCCAGGGCAGAACUAGGAGCUUCUCCAAAGCUCCUGUCCACCAGCCACAGAGACUUACUGUCAUUUGCUGGGCUGAACUAAAUAGCCUGCAUGAGACUCGGGCAGGUGAAUCACCUGUACAAACCUGAAACACCACUCACAUUCCAGGCUUCAAUUUAAAACAGACAGAUUAUUUCUGGCCUCAACGGGGAGCUCUGCUGGGACAGGCAGCCCUGAGGAGCGGCAGGAGGAGAGCACCGAGGGAGGAAAGGCUCUGACUGAAGCUGGGGUAAGGCUGACAUUGCUGUUGGCAGCUCCCAAGCGAUCCGGGCGCCUCGGAGGAGCUCGCUCUCUCCUCAGGCAGAGUGUGGGCUGGUGCUGUGCCGCUCCACACACCUACUUCCUGCAAUCCUGGCAAUUACCAAUGGUGCAAACCCCAGUUUCUGACGUGGCUGACUCAGCAAGGGCUUGGCUCAAAACAAACCCAUCCGCACACGGAGCCGCAGCCUGGGAAGCAGUGACAGGAGGCACAUGAAGAGAAGGAGGCAUCGGGGAUUUUUGGCGUUCCGGGUCCAACCUGGCUGAACCCUCCCUGGACCUGCUUCCCCCAGCGUCCCAGCACACUCCUCUCCCAGUGUCCCAGCACACUGCUGGACGUGGUGCUCACAGUUCUCCGAGUGCUCCAGCAGUUUCUCCUCAGCACCUGUCAGACUCGGGAGCUGCUCCGACACAGCCCCCGGCAACAAGGAAGGAAGAGGUUGUUCCUGUUGUGUGACUUGCUGCUGAACCCACGACUUAAGUCCGACACCUGGCUGUGAAGAGUCAGCAGCUUCCUCCUCCUCCUCCUCCUCGCUGCCUCUCACCAUGGAUACUUGGCGGAGAGGGUCCAUCAAGUCCACGACGUUCUUCAGACGGUUCUCGCUCAGGAGACACAAAAAGCUGGGCAACCAGGUCAUCAUCCUGAACCAGAACAGCCACACGCUGGACAGCGACGGGCAGCGCCAGAAGAGGGAAUGCUUGAGGGAUCUGAAGGACAAGUCCGACUACCUGUCCUGCAAGAGUGAGCAAAACCUGGCCAAGGCACAAGCACCUCCCAAGCCUCCCCGCCUCUACCUGGACAGUUCUAGCUGCCCUAACAUCAUCGACCGCACGGAUUCUCACUCCGACCUCUCCUUCUCUGGUGCUUCUCAUCAAUACCACAAAGCCACUCAAACUCAGUUCCACAAGGACCAGGGGACAGACUGCGGGAGCUCAGAGACAGGCGCCCAGAACGGCACCCCCCUCUGUGACCUGUCCGACCCCUUCCUCUCCUUCAAAGUGGAUUUGGGGCUAUCACUUCUCGAGGAUGUUCUGCAGACCCUCAGAAAACAGAACCCAAGAGAUUACGCCAUUUGAAGGUAUUUCUCAUUUGACACAUCACAUUUCCUUACUGCUGCAGGCAGUUUCUCUGGUCCUGGCGGGAGGAAGGACACUGCAGCAUUCCUGUUACGUGUGGCCUGUCUUGUCGUUCUUGCCUUCCCCACCACAGACUGUCCUUGUCCUUGCCCAGGAGUCCCUGGGAGCAGAGCCCACAGGCUCCGUGCUCCGAUGAGAGCACCGUCUGCUGGAACCCCGUGGGCAAGUUACUGCUCUCCAACCCGGGCACGUCCCACUCCUGACUGUGUCUCCUCCUCGGGGAAGAAGGGCACUGUUUGCCCACAGACCUGUUAUUUGGGGGACGUGGCUGUAACGCUGCGGGACACGGGCACGAAGGGACAGGGCAUCCAGCACUUGUGGAUAAGCAGCCUGCAGGGAGAUGACAGCCCUGCACCUCAAAGCCAUAGCUACGGCAAGGGUCAAGAGACAGAAACGGGUGUUUCUUCUCCCACCUUGUCUGGAUGUGAAAAAUCAAAGCUGUUCCUCCUCUUUUUUUUUUUUUCCUCUUGUGGGUUUCUUUUCCCCCAACUCAGGUGCAGUUGGCACUGGCAGCCUGGAAACAGGUAAGCAUCCACGUAGGCUCCUAACACAGCAACAGCAGUUUGUUUAUCCUACUAGCAGGAGACACUUCUCUCGAUACUGCUGCCUGAAGCAUGCACUGAUCUCUCAGCUGUACAGAUAUGGAAGAAUAAAUGUAUCUGUGACUGGA